AUGAAAUCGGAGAAGCUCGAAGCAGUCAUUUCAUGGGCUUUGAACCAUGGUACUCACAUCGAUUCUAGCGUGAGAUUCGUUGUCGCUAAAAAUGGAGAAGCUUCAGCAAUUGCCACUAGUAAGAUUAACGACCAGCGCACACUCAUCAGCGUUCCCCGCCCUAUCUUUCUGACGGCAGAGAACGCAGAGCAGCAUUUUAACGUAAAGACCGGUUCCUCCAAUCGGUCUAAUGAAUUGCUUAAAAUUUAUCUGUCUAAGUUGAUGUUUGAAAGGAAUUUUGUCGACAGGAAGUUGUUUGAACCCUACCUUGAUAUCUUGCCUCUUCCCAAUAGGAUUUUCUCACCAUAUUUCUGGACUUCUGAUGACUUUGCUGCUCUCCAAGGAACUGAUUUGGCUCUCUCUGUGAAAAGAAAUUUCAGGAGCUUGCUCGGGGCGUGGUACGUCGCUGGAACAAGCGCCAACUCGCUUCGAUCAGAGGACCGGCAAUUUUAUUCUGCUGCCAGUAAGGAUCCUAACUUUAACUUUCAUCAGGCUUUGAAAAGGAGUGAAGAGCUACAUUGGCAAUCAUUUGAAGCGUUCCUAUGGGCUCAUUUUAUUCUUACUUCAAGAGGCUUUCCAAGCAUAAUCUAUGAGGACUCUCCGCGGGAUGUGAAUGAAGCCUUCCUCCUCCCAGUUAUUGACUUGCUCAACCACGCAAACGGUAAGAAGGUCAAAUGGUCUUUUUCAAAGGGAGAAAACAAGGUCAACUUUUCAACAACUGAAAUGUUGACCAGUGAAGAAGAACUAUUCAAUAACUACGGUGACAAGAGCAAUGAAGAGCUGUUAUUGAACUACGGUUUCUGUUUGAAUAACAACACAUUUGACGUGGGUCAUUUGGCUCUCAGAUUCCCACAGGAAGUACUCAAGGAGAUUGAAAAAUUUGGAAUCAAACUCGAUCCCAGCGAUAUCACGACUGACUCGGUCAAUUUUCGGCUACAAAUGAACGGGUCAAUCCCGCAGUCAUUGAUACGAGUAUUCGCCUAUCUGAAUAAACUGACGUCUGAAACGUACUUGACUAAUCGUGCUGUCUUGGAAGGCUUAGAGCAGCUAAACGGUAUCCUCAAGCAGAAACUACAAUUUGUUAAGGGCCAGAAACUAAAUUCAAUGAAAAGUCAAGAAGCAAUCAGGUUCGCAAAGACUUACCUCCAGGGACAAAAGACUAUCUACCAACAAACGUAUGAUGCCAUCCCGAAACUGGAAAAAGGCCUUUUGAAAGCCAUGAAACCAACUUCUUUCAAAACGAUCUUAAAGCAGGAUAAACAGUUCUUCAACAGUCUUCUGAUAUCUUUUGGAGUAACAGACUACGAGGAUAUUCCAAAGAAGGGUUUUUUGAAGCAAUGCAUUUUACUUUGGCUCGUACGGGCAGCUAACGAACGCCUCAAUGGCAAAAUUGGCAUAGAAAUUCCCCAUUUUAUUACGGAAUGCAUUCAGCAAGUCGCUGACAACAUUGUUGUAGAAAAGAGCGAUGUUGAAGAAUAUGUUGAUUUUUACAAGAGUUGUUUCCCACGGCUUAGCCAACAAGUGCCAGAAGUAUUUGCAGCUGGAAAUUGGGGUAUUAAGCAAUUCAUCUUAGCAGGAACAGUUUUUGACAGACUGGUGUGGAUUCGCCCCAGCUCACAAGAACCUCUGUUUAUUAAGCCCGAGGCUUAUGAAUCCAGUUAA